GUUAACGGAAGGCAAACGGUUCGUUAUGUCCAUAUCGGUCGCCGUUAAUACAUAAUCGAAAAGUUCAGUCUUGUGUUGUGAUGUGAGUUAAUCUCGUAAUGCCUUGAACAUCGCUUUGGCGGAUUAUAAAUUUGUGGAAAUGUCGAAAAGAAAUAGUUUAGGUAACACUCUGCUCAAUUAUUUCUCGAAGUCGCCUAGGUCUGCACCAUCAACUCCAAAAACUCUUGAACGAAAAAUAUCUAAUAUAGAUAAACGGCCCAGACAAGAUGCCGGCAGUGAUUCUGAUGAUUGUUCGAUACAACCCAACAAAAAGAGAUAUAGAGUAUUGAGUGAAAGCGAUUCUGACGUCGAAAAUAAAAGUGAUGUCAACAUUCAUGACACUUCAAGUAAGCAAAACAGUUUAUUGCUAGACUUUUCAUUUACAAAAGAUGAAGAUUCGAAAAGAGCAAGCAUAGAUCAUUCCCGAUUUCAAAACUUAGAGGAAAAAAUAUCAAAUAAUACAGCAGAUAUAAAACCUGCUGUCGAAUUCGAAACUGGAUCAUGGACUCAUCAUAAAUUAGAGUUUCUUAAAGCUGAAAACAUACGUGAUUUGAAAAGGAGAAAAGUUGGGGAUCCUAAUUAUGAUCCUACAACUUUAUAUGUUCCUGAAGAUUUUAAGAAUAAGCAAACACCAGCCAUGCGUCAAUGGUGGGAAAUUAAAAGCAAGCAUUUUGACUGUGUAUUAUUUUUCAAAGUUGGAAAAUUUUAUGAGUUAUAUCACAUGGAUGCUGUAGUUGGUGUAAAUGAAUUGGGUUUCACAUAUAUGCGUGGUGAAUUUGCACAUUCUGGAUUUCCAGAAAGUGCAUUUGCGAGGAUGUCAACAAGUCUUGUUGAACGAGGGUAUAAAGUAGCGCGAGUGGAACAAACAGAAACUCCAGACAUGAUGGCUGAAAGGGUCAAAAAAGGUGGCGCAACAAAAUAUGAUAAAGUAGUGAAACGUGAGGUGUGUCAAGUUACAAACAAGGGAACGGUCACCUACAGUGCACAAAAUGGACAACCAUCAAAAUCUCAGGCCGCCUAUAUGCUCGUUGUUAUAGAAAAAGAUCAUGAAAAAUUUAGUGAAUAUGGAAUUUGUUUGCUUGAAACAUCUUUUGGAGAAUUUCAUCUUGGGCAAUUUACUGAUGAUAAUCAGUGUUCUAGGUUAUUAACAUUGCUAGCAUGUUAUCCGCCUGUGUUGGUUUUGUAUGAGCGAGGCAUGAUUACGGAACGUACUCGUAAAAUAUUAUCCUCAGCUCUGAGUACUGCUUUGAAAGAAGCUCUUUCUCCAAAUACUCAAGUUUGGUCUUCUAAAAAAUGUUUGCAGGUAUUAGCAGAAAAGUAUUACAAUAAAGAAGGACAAACUAUAUGGCCAAAUGAUUUUAAACCAUUUCUUUCUCAAUCUGAUAAUUUAGCGCCUGAAGAGAAAUAUGAAUAUUCUUUAAAAGCACUUGGUACUGCAUUGUGUUACUUAAAGAACUGUUACCUAGAUCAACAAAUAAUUUCCAGAGCUCGUUUUUUUGUCUACAAUCCUCCUGAUCUGUCUGCUUCUGAAUUUAAGCAAGAAACGAAUGACAAAAUUGAUUUGCUUGAGCACAUGGUGUUGGAUGCUGUUACUUUACAUAAUUUAAGAGUAGUCGGUGUUGAUGGCAGUUUGUUACAAAAAAUUGACCAUUGCUGUACGCCAUUUGGAAAGAGGUUAUUAAGGCAGAUGCUAUGUGCUCCUCCCUGUGUUUUAUCUGUGAUAAGAAAACGUCAAGAAGCAAUAGAGUUUUUACUAUCCAACCCAUCUAUUUUACAAGAAAUCAGAAAGAAAUUCUCGCAGUUUCCUGAUCUGGAAAGAAAUAUAGCACAGAUACACACAAGUGGAAAUUAUGAAUAUAAUAAGUUUCAUCCUGACAGUCGAGCAAUCUUUUAUGAACAAAAAACUUACGCAAAGAGAAGAAUAAGUGAUUUUAUUGCUACUUUGAAUGCUUUUGAACAUAUUUCACAAUUUCAUGAAUUAUUCUCUGAAUCAACUUCCGACUUACUUAAACAAUUGACUUGCAUCAAUCCACUUGGGCAACUUCCAGAUGUGCAAGAGGAAUUAGAAUUUUUCAAAAAUGCUUUCAAUCAUGAACAAGCCGAAAGGGAUGGCGUUAUCGUGCCUAUAGCUGGUGUGGAUAAUGACUAUGACGAUGCUAUUGAUAAUAUUAAAAAAAUUGAAGAUGAAUUAGCAAGUUAUUUGAGAGAACAAUGCAAAUAUUUUGGUUGCGAGGUGACUUAUCAUGGCAAUGAUAAAAAACGAUUUACUUUAGAAGUUCCUGCCCAUGCUGCUGGUAAAGCAGGUAGAGAUUAUAGUCUUGAAGGCCAGAAAAAGGGUGCAAAAGCUGCAAAACGUUUUACUACAGUGAAAACAAAGGAAUUGUUAGAAAAAAUGAUGAAAGCAGAAGGAAAAAGAGAAGCUGUAUUGAAAGAUCUUGCUAGACGUAUUUUUGAGAAAUUCAGUAGUCAUUUUGAUAAAUGGAAUGAGGUUGUUAAUUGUGUUUCUCUCUUAGACAUUCUUGCAAGCUUGGCUGAAUAUGCCAGGUUACAAUCAUAUAAUAUGGUAAUGCCUACUUUGGUUCAACCAGAAAAACAUAGUAAGCCUUUUGUGUCAUUUGAAGAAAGUCGUCAUCCAUGUAUAGAAGACGAAGAUUUUAUACCAAAUACAGUACAUAUAAAUGCAAACAACUGGUCAGCUUUGGCAUUGCUAACAGGCCCUAAUAUGGGUGGAAAAUCAACUCUGAUGCGCCAAAUUGGUCUCUUGACUAUCUUAGCACAUAUGGGAUCCAGAGUGCCAGCCUAUGCUGCCGAAUUAGUAUUGGUUGAUAGGAUAUUCACACGACUUGGAGCGAAUGAUGAUAUUUUAACAGGACAUUCAACGUUUUUAGUAGAAUUGAGUGAGACUUCUUCAAUAUUACGACAUGCUACGUACAAUUCUCUUGUUCUUUUAGAUGAAUUAGGGCGUGGAACAUCAACCUAUGAUGGUACAGCUAUUGCAGCUGGUGUUGUAAAUCAAUUGGUUCAACUUGGUUGCCGGACUAUGUUUUCUACACAUUACCAUAGUUUGGUUGAAGAUUUUCAUUCUUUCGAUAAUGUCAGCCUUGGUCAUAUGGCAUGUAUGGUGGAGUCAGAUGAGCAGGAGAAUAAUGUUCAGCAGGAAACUGUUACAUUUUUGUACAAAUAUAUUGAAGGUCCUUGUCCAAAAUCUUAUGGUUUUAAUGCAGCUCGGCUGGGAGGUAUAUCGCAAGCUAUUACCAGUAGAGCACAUUCACUUUCUCAUUCAAUGGAAGCAGCCGCUAAUCGGAAAAAAAUAUUGAUGAAGCUUUGUGAAGCAUUCAAAAAUAACUCACUUUCUGAAAUAAGAACUGUUUUAGCAAGUACUGCUGUAUCAAAUGUUAACUGUUAUUGAGGAUAACCUUUUAUUGUGUCAAAAAUACCUACCCUUUUAUUUGAUAGUGAAUGUCAGUAUUCAAUGUUAAGUAGGAA